UAUAUUUUUAGUGAAAAUGUUUGUUUGUUUGUUUUGUCUCGUGCUUUCGGCCACGUUAGCGGCUCCGUUCCGCUGACGUCAUCAGACGGCGCCGGGUUGGAGGCUGUAGUUCAGCGGCGGAGAGAAGAAUGAAGGAAAAAACUCUCAGGAUGCAGCUCGUGUAGGUCGACACAGAAUGAGUCGUGAUGAUGAAGAGACCAAAGCUGGCCGGAGUGUUCCUCUUCGUGGGCUGCCUGCUCGCCUACCUCAUGUUCGUGAAGCGUCACUACGCCGCCACAAAGCCCGACGCCUACAGACUACCUCCCCUCGCCCGGGCCGGCCCGGACCAGCUCGGAGACGAUAGGCCCGCAGCGGCUGGGCCGAGCUUCCGGUAUGGCAUCAUGUUCGAUGCUGGAAGCACCGGGACCCGAGUCCACGUCUUCAAGUUCCAGAUGGAGAACAGAGAAGCUCCCAAACUGGCCCACGAGACAUUCAGGGCCAUCAAACCUGGACUGUCUGCGUAUGCUGAUGAUCCAGAGAAGUGUUCAGCAGGAAUCGUGGAGCUUCUGGAGGUGGCCAAGGCCAGCGUCCCCCCCUCCGUCUGGACCGUCACCCCUGCGGUCCUGAGGGCCACGGCCGGCCUCCGCCUGCUGCCCGGAGAGAAGGCCAAACACCUGCUGGACCAGGUGAGGGCGCUGUUUCAGGAGUCUCCGUUCCUGUCCGGAGACGACAGCGUGUCCAUCAUGGACGGCAACGAUGAAGGGAUUUCUGCCUGGAUCACCGUCAACUUCCUCACUGGUGAUCUUCACAGUGCUGACUCGCCCACGGUGGGGAUGCUGGAUUUGGGGGGCGGGUCUACUCAGAUCACCUUCAGCCCUCAGGACGAGAAGACCAUCCAGACCUCACCCAUCGACUACAUCAGGUCCUUCCGGAUGUUCAACGUCACACACACUGUGUACACCCACAGCUAUCUGGGACUGGGUCUGAUGUCGGCUCGACUCGCCGUCUUAGGAGGCGUCGACGCUUCGCCCUUGGGGGGCAGCACUGAGCUGGUCAGCCCCUGCCUCGCUCCGGAGUACUCGGGCAGGUGGGAGCACGUCGACGUCGUCUACACUGUGAAGGGACAGAAGGCAGGGGAGCCGGUUUACGAGGCGUGUCUGAACAAAGUGGAGAAGGUUCUGUACAGGAAGGUGGUGAGAGCGUCCGAAGCGGCAGACGUGGAGUUCUACGCCUUCUCCUACUACUACGACCGGGCCGUCGACCUCGGCGCCAUCGAGGAGAAGGACGGAGGAACCAUCCGGGUGUCCGAUUACACUGAGGCAGCAAAGAGAGUCUGCAGCGGCCUCUCCGUCAGUCCUCCACAGAGUCCCUUCCUCUGUCUGGACCUGGUCUACAUCUCAGUCCUGCUGCAGGAGCUCGGAUUCCCCCCCCACAAACAGCUGAAGCUGGCGAGGACGAUCCACCAGGUGGAAACCAGCUGGGCUCUGGGGGCAACCUUUCAUUACAUCGAGUCCCUCAAGAGACACUGAAGCUUUUAUUGUGAAAAACCAGAGAUCCUGGACCUCCUGAAGACCUCAUGCGGCCCCCAAAGCCUCCCUGUGACAGACCGGAAACCCUCCAUAAACACUAAGCAGACUCUGCAUUAAACCAGUUUAGCAGAAAUGAAAACGUUUUCACCUCCUUUAAUCUUUGAGUGUUCGGUUAUAUGUUGAACCUGUUGUUGGAUUUUAUUAUUCUAUGUUGUGUCAGCGUGUGUUUGUUUUGAGUCCUUUAUAUUGACAGUAAAUCUGGAUUCAGACAUGUUUUAACUUUUAUUGACCCGAGGUCAGGGGCGACACUCCAGUCUGCUCCCCCGUCCCAGUGAAACCAGUAAACCAGGACGGGGUUCACGUCUCCGACCUCACCACGUUAGACUUGACCUGUUUGUACGACAGCGCUCUGAUUGUUUUCUGCUCUGAAGGAUCUCCUGUUGAGUUUGGGUCCGAUUCAAACGUCUCAACUUUAAUAAUAAUAAAAUCUACAGAAGCUGUAAAACGUUUUCAGGCAAACUGUAAAAAGGUUGUGAUAACAGAAUGUAUUUUUGUCUGAUUAUUUUACACCUGCUACCUAAAACUAUCUUUCUUGUGCAUUUUAACUUUGUUCAAGAAAAUAAACUAUUUUGAUUAUUUACAGUC